AUGGCGACCAACAUUUCCUCGGACCUGAUUUGGGAGAUUACCCGCGGCCACAGCGCCAAUCUCGUGAAGAGGAAGGCCGCCGGCGGUGUGCAAUUCUCGCGCGACCCAUUGAACCUGAAGAAUGUGUAUAGGCGGAAGUACGAGGGUCUCGUCAAUGACCAGGCCUUCGGCAUCCAGCCCUCCGCAGAUGGCGGCGUCAUUCUCUUGGUCAAGAAGUCCAACAAGUCCAACAAGCCCGCCUCCUCUCUACAGAGCACCACAUUCGGCUCCGGAAAGUCGUCGAGGAAGACCUACUCUGGCAUCGUGAACAGCACUACCAGGCACGGCUACCGCCCCGACCUCCGCGCUGAGGCCGUCUCGCGCGCCUCCGCCAUCCGCAAGAGCCAGAAGCCCGUCAAGGCCGACCGACCAACCAAGCUGAGGGGAGCCAAGGCGAAGGCUGCUGCU